GAUGAUUUGGUCGACUGCAUCAUAUCUUCUGAAUUACGCUUUUAUGAUGAAAGAUUCCGUCUUUUGUGUUUCUUAUCAAAGAUGUUUGUCAAUCGUUUAGAGAUUUUCGAGAGGAAUUUAAGACUCUAUAGCAACAAAAAGCAGCCAGUCCAGAUUUUGGCUUCGCGAGGAUAUCACUUUCCAUUGCGAAAAUGCGUUUAACCAUUGCGACUAUAUUUUGCCUCACUGUUGCUGCAUGCAGUGCGAAACCGGAUAAAUCAUCACUGCAUACUUUGGAGGAGGAUGUAAAUCAAGCCAUUUACCUUAGUACAAAAACAUCCUACGACAUUGACAUCCUUUCCGCAAGAAUAAGCAUGCUGGAGCUUGAGCUUGAAUUCACCGCCAAAGAAUUAUUCCUGGAUAUUCAAACUUUGAUAAGACAAUUGCUUUUCUCAGAAGACGCCGAGAGAGUUAUUGCGGAGAUGGAUAAAACGGGAAGUACGAUUGUCGCAAACGUUCUACGUCUUAAUGAAGCAAUCGGGAAAGUUCGCACUGCCUUGACAGCGGUCCAGGAUAAUUUGGCAACCACCAACUACGGCGCACUAAGCAGCAGCCAGCUUUUGCUGGAGUCCUACGUGGACAGCUUCAAUUUGGCGUAUGAUCUCGGCAGGGAAAAUAUCAUCCUCGGGACUAAUAAUUUGGUCCUCCUGCUUCAAAGGGAACUGGAAGGAAUCACUGAUCCUUUGGUAGAAGCUAUUGAAAGAAUGGCAAAGGAAAUUCAGACCAUUUUGCUGACGGAGCAGGGAUAUCUGGACAAUGCAAGACUCUCCUUUGAUCAAAACAAAGAUGCGUUAUUUAGUAUUCUGGCCAGCAUUAUCGCACAAAAUCCCAACUCUGAAGUCGCUGAUAAGAACCCUCGAUUCCCAGCAAUGAAACUGCGUUCAGCUUUGAAGCAAAAGUAGGAUAGGAGAAAUGUUAAAACGGGUGGAUAAAUUAUGUGUCAUAUUAACUCUUGUAUUUUAAAUAAAUUAUGCUAUGUGCA